AUGACUGUGCAGAAGCAGGAGCUGAUAAAUGUGAUGGAAACUUUCUUCAGAGCAUUUUUGAAGAGGAACAUCUCAGAGGUGCAUCACGACCCUGAGGUCAAACGGCAAACAGAGACUCAGCAGCAUCAGGAGAAGGACCUCUGUGUGGGGAUACUUGGGCUGGGUCACAUGGGAAAACAGCUGCUUCUCUCCCUCUUGGAACUGACUGGAAUCAAACCAUCACACAUUAAAGUCUCCACUAGAAGACCAGAAUCUGCAGUGGAAUGUGUCCAGACCGGCGUCGAGUGUUUCUUUAACAAUCGCAGGUUGGCAGCAUGGGCAGACGUUCUCUUUCUCUGCUGUCUGCCCUCUCACCUCCCCAAAGUCUGCGCUGAUCUCCACUCUCACCUGUCAAAACGCUGCCUCGUAUACAGCUUCGUCUCUGCCGUGCCUGUCACCAGAUUAGCUGAACUUCUUGGACACAACUUUAUUCUAAAACCACAGUAUGACUUUGUGAGUGCUGACGGUGCAAAUGUGUGGCUGUCCUGCACUGAUCUCUCCUCAGCUUUGAAAGAUCCUUUGCUGAUAGAGGCAUCGUGUCCUCUUACAAUGAGUGGUGGCAUCUCUCUGAGUCUGAGCUGGGUGUGUGCAGUGCUGUACAGCCUGCUGAAUAUCUGCACCUCUGCUGGUCUGGGAUCCAGUGAUGCCCUCUCUCUGAUCAACAGUCUCUUCAAGGAGAAAUGGACACACGCUGUGCAGUUAAAUGCACAGAGUUUCGUCAGUUCAUCUUAUGCAUCUUCCCUUCUUGGAGAUGAGCUUUUUUCCUGGAUUUCUCUCACUGAUGCCCAAAGCAAGGAGACACCACUGCUGAGGUUUCUGUCAAGCAAUAAAUCUGUGCAGCAGUGCAUCGCUGCAGAGUACAAAUCACUGCUGGAUACACCAGUAAUGUUAGACAGUUACUGUACACACUAAUGUACUUAUAUUCUUUGAGGAUGUCCACCACAGUAGUAAGGGACUGUGUCCCUUAUGUUACAUGUACAGUUUUGAAAUUUGUAAUGAAAUAUGUGCAUAAGAAUAAAAAGGCUUUGCACUAUAAUUUGGGAUACCUACAGCUUUAUGUUAUUUUGAAUAUUUUUGUUUCUGUAAUACAAAUACAUAAUACAUGAAAAACACGAAAAACAAAAAGAAGUCCAACAUGGGAGCCAUGCACAUACAAAGACAAAAAUAUCCCUAAAAAUAAAUAAAAUUUUUAAAAAAAGAUCCUCUGUUUCUUUGUUCUUAUCACUUGCUUUUAGCACAUUUAUUUAAAAGCUGCAAUGUUGAAAAGUUGGACCAUUACUCAGUUCAUACACAGUAGGAUUCAAC